AUGCCUGAGCCGCCAGCCUCCAAGCGCUCGCGCCGCCCGGACUCGGCGCAGAUGUGGGACGACGACGACCGCGGCAAGCAGCAACAUUCGCGACGAGGCGGCGGUGGUGGUGCGCGUCACCGGUCGCGAUCGCCGAGGGACCGCGACCACGAGGGCGGUGGCGGACACAACAGGCGCGGUGGACGGAGAGACAGGAGCGGCAGCAGGGAGAGGGGUGGAAGAAGGAGAGAUGAUCGCGCGCGCUCGCGCUCGCCGAGACCGAGUGAUGGCAAUGUGCGCCGCCGCUCUCCCCCGAGGGGACCACGCGGACCGCCCCCGGCAGCCACAACGAACGGAGCGAAGAAGGGCGGCGCUGCUGCUGCUGCGGCUACAGAGCUGCCACCUACGGCUGGCCGAACGCAGCCCAGCUCGCGAGAGUGGACGCGUCGGGUACAGUCUCGAAUUGGGACUUCCGUUGCUGGUGGAAUGACAAAUGGUGACAAGGACGGCAAUGAUAUGGACGUGGAUGGAGGAGCCGGUGCGGUGGACCCGGAAACCAGGGAGAUGGAGCGAUUGAUGGGCUUCUCGAGCUUCAGCAGCACCCACAACACCAAGGUUCCCGGCAACGACAGGAAUUACGCCGUCAGGAAGGAGAAGAAGACGGAGUACAGGCAGUACAUGAACCGUGUUGGUGGUUUCAACAGGCCCCUCAGCCCGUCGAGAUAG